UGGCAGACUAACAAGGCUGCGUUCACAAUACAUAAACGGUUCUACCCCGUUACACUUGGUCUUCGAUAAUCCAGUGUGACUGUGAAUUAACUGUUUUAAAUUUCCGUUUAUAUAAUUCGAUACGAAAUGCCAAUAUGUGACUUUUGGUAAGAGUAGUGCUUUACCAAUAAUUCAGACUGGCAUUAUCCCGGACAGCUACAGCCGGCUUCGAGGGGUCCUUCAGUCUUGGAGGAAGGAUUAGCAUCUAGCGGUUAGCCGUGGUCAACAUGCCGACUGUCAGUGUCAAAAGGGAUCUUCUGUUCCAUGCCUUGGGCAGAACAUACAGUAAGAAAUGUUACUUACCAUAUCAAGUAAUAGAUAUUCAGGAAAUUUGACAAUUAAACUAGUCUGUUUCUGCGUUGUGUUUUCAGACUGAAGGAACGUAGCUAAAGUGAGAUAGCUACCUGGCUGCCGUGGCUACCUAGCUAGCUGCUGCAUGUUUGAAUGGAUGGGCAAAGUGUUCACUAGCUUCAGCUAACAGUGGCUGAUGCCGUGGCAAUAACAGCGUAUCACUCUUUUUGUGGGUUGUUUAAGAACAUAUCAAAUAUUUUACCUACACAACAACGGUAUCUACUCUAUUUCUACUGAAUAGUGAUUGAAAACAUGAUUUGAUAGUGUUGACAGAACUGAUGCUUGUUAUUUCACGACGAUUGCAUCAUUUCCCAGUCCAGACCUUCUAGCCUGCUACUGACUGACCACCACAUAGCUACGUCCAUUUAACUAGUAAAAUCUAACUAAAUUAAGAAUGGAGGUGGGACCAAAAUAAACGAAUUAAUCCAACAGAUAUUAAAAUGUUAUUCUCUUUCCCUUUCUUUCAGCUGAUGAAGAAUUUGAUGAGUUGUGUUUUGAAUUUGGGCUGGAGCUCGAUGAGAUUGUGAGUAGAAGACUGAGGAUGAACCUCAACCAUAUCCACUUGUUUGUGUGAUAACCAAUUUAGUGUUUUCGGGCUACCCAUCCUCCCUCUAACCCUGUCCUUCAGACCUCAGAGAAGGACAUCAUCAGUCGUGAACAGGGGGACACCAAGGCAGAGGGGGCGUCUGAUGUGAUUCUGUAUAAGAUCGAUGUUCCAGCUAACCGCUAUGACCUGCUGUGUCUGGAAGGACUGGUCAGGGGCCUGCAGGUCUUCAAGCAAAAGUAUGUAAACACAUCUAUAUGGAGAAUUGUGUGCUUAAACAUGACUCUUACAUUGCCAAAGUACUUUCAGCUUGUGCUGCUUUAUCGUGUGUGUUGUCUUCAGCUCUGUAUUGACAUGCCCAUGUCCAUGUGUGUCUGCGCUCCAGGAUGGAAGCCCCUCGCUACAGGCGUGUGAGUCCAGCCAGAGGAGAGCCUCAGAGGCUGGUCAUCACAGAGGAGGUGGGUGGAAAACACGGACCAGACUCUCUGUCUCUGUUUAAUGAUCUGGGUCUUAGGUAGAGUGUAGGGUAGGUUAAUUUGGUCAUCAGAGGAGGUGGGUGGAAAACACGGACCACCCCCUCUGUUUAAUGACCUGGGUUCUGGACCGAGUGUAGGGUUGGUUCAUUUGGUCAUCACAGAGUAGGGGGGUGGAAAACAUGUUAUUUUAGUUUAAUGACCUGGGUUCUGGGCAGAGUCUAGGGUUGAUGUAUGAACCACCACUGCAGUCCUUUGUGACAAGAUGAUUAAUUAAGAUAUUGAACUGUUGAUGAAUGCCUCUACAUUUGUAGAGGCUGUGCAAAGGAGGCUUUGGGUCAAGUGUUGGAAGUAAGAGAGUGGAAUUUUAGAGAUGAAUGAGAGAAUCCUGACUCUGUGGGGGCCCCUGUUUGUGCCUGUCGCAGACGGCUGCUGUGCGACCCCACGCUGUGGCUGCAGUCCUGAGGAACAUCACCUUCACACUGGAACGCUACGACAGCUUCAUUGAAUUACAGGAGAAACUCCAUCAGAACGUCUGUAGGUUAGUCAGACACCUAACACAUCUCUACCUUCAUAUAAAAAUAUAUAUAAUUCCCACACAUACACAAGUUUGACCAACUCAGUGGCCUUGAGGUUAGUGUCCUGAGAUUGGAUGGUUGGGGGUUUGGUCCUCGGUCGAGUCAUACCAAAGACUUUGAUGCCUCUAUGCUUGGCACUCAGCAUUAAGGAAAUUGAUUGGUGGUAAGACCCUGCGACAGUCUUGCAUCCUGUCCAGCGGGUGUACUUGUACAUCAAAAUGCCUUAUGCUACAAAAAUAGGAGAUAGGGCCAGGAGCCUAUUGGCUUGGACAAGGCUUACUUACACACACAAUUUUACCUCUGCAUAUUUAUUGUCAAUGUUGUGGUCAGAGACCCUUUUCAAUACCAUGCCUCAUACUUCAUUGAUUACUUUCAGUGUGUUCUUCUCUGGGAGUCUCUGAGAUGUGUUGUCUCAGUGGAAGUUGUGACAAUGUGUGCGAGUUGACUGUAAUCUGUGCUCUGUAGGAAAAGGACUCUGGUUGCCAUCGGCACCCAUGACCUGGACACCAUUUCAGGCCCCUUCACCUACACAGCCAAGCCACCUGGUGACAUCCGCUUCAAACCUCUCAACCAGGCAAAGGAGUACACCGCACAGGAACUCAUGAGCCUCUACAAGGUGAGCAGGGAUUGGCUACAAAGAUUAUGAGCCUCUGUGAUGUGAGUUGUGAUUGGCUAUGGCUAGAGAUCUUUUAUUUCUGUCAUCCUAUGUUUUCUUUGUAUUUCUCCCUCUCAGACAGACAGCCACUUGCGACACUAUCUGCACAUCAUUGAAGACAAGCCUGUAUAUCCUGUCAUCUAUGACAGCAACGGCAUUGUCCUGUCUAUGCCGCCAAUCAUCAAUGGUGAGGACACACACAUAUGACCACAGGUUGUAAGGCAAAACUAUUAACCUAGUGGACUUCCAAUAUUGAUUAACCCAUCGUAUGCUGUAGAUACUGUUCUAACAGUCCCCCCCUCUGUUGUUUUUUAGGGGACCAUUCCAAAAUCACCUUGAAUACAAAGAAUGUUUUUAUCGAGUGCACAGCCACUGAUCUUACCAAGGCAAAAAUCGUGUUGGACAUGAUGGUGACGAUGUUCUGCGAGUAUUGUGAGGAGCCUUUCACGUGAGUCCAGGCAACAGCUGUUUAGAUUUCUAUCACUGAAAUUAAAUCACUAAUAGCUAAACCUAAUGUUUUUUUGUGUGUAAAAUAAGACCAUGAAUUACUGGAAGUUAUAGUCAUAAGAAGUUCCUUUUCCCGGCCCCACUUUAAUAGACUCCUCUUGAUCUAUGUCACGUUCUCUCUCUCAGGGUAGAGGAGGCUGAGGUGGUGUACCCAGACGGCAGGACCUGUCGGUACCCGGUACUGUAUCCCCUUACCAUCACUCUGCAGUCUGUUUCCUUUUGUGGGAAAAUAUACUGAACAAAAAUAUAAACGCAACAUGUAAAGUGUUGGUCCCAUGUUUCAUGAGCUGAAAUAAAAGAUCCCAGAAAUGUUCCAUACGCACAAAAAUAUUUAUCUCAAAUUUUGUCCACAAAUUUGUCCACAUCCCUGUUAGUGAGCAUUUCUCCUUUGCCAAGAUCAUCCGUCCACCUGACAGGUGUGGCAUAUCAAGAUGCUGAUUAAACAGCAUGAUCAUUACACAGGUGCACCUUGUGCUGGGUACAAUAAAAGGCCACUCUAAAAUGUGCAGUUUUGUCACAAGACAAUGCCACAGAUGUCUCAAGUUUUGAGGGAGCGUAGAAUUGGCAUGCUGACGGCAAGAAUAUCCACCAGAGCUGUUGCCAGAGAAUUUAAUGUUAAUUUCUCUACCAUAAGACACCGCCAACGUCGUUUUAGAGAAGUUUGUUAGUACGUCCAACCGGCCUCACAACUGCAGACCACGUGUAACCGUGCCAGCCCAGGACCUCCACAUCCUUCUUCUUCACUUGCGGGAUAGUCUGAGACCAGCCACCCGGACAGCUGAUGAAACUGUCUGUAAUAAAGCCCUUUUGUGGGGAAAAACUCAUUCUGAUUGUCUGGGCUUGGCUCCCCAGUCGGUAGGCCUAUGCCCUCCCAGGCCUACCCAUGGCUGCGCCCCUGCCCAGUCUUGUGAAAUCCAUAGAUUAGGGCCUAAUGAAUUUAUUUAAAUUGACUGAUUUCCUUAAAUGAACUGUAACUAAGUAAAACCGUUGAAAUUGUUGAGUGUGGCGUUUAUAUUUUUGUUCAGUAUCUAUUAGAACCCACUGGUCUAUGUAAAUUCUGACUAUCCCCAUUCUAUUCUAUUCCUAACCCUCUACCGUCCUGCUAUACCAUGUGACCUCAGGAGCUAGCUUACAGGAAGGAGACUCUGUCAGCAGACUUCAUCAACCGCAAAGUUGGCAUCAGGUAACUAAGUGACUUAAUAUCCAACCCUGUUCCUGGAGAUCUACCCUCUUGUGGGUUUUCGUUCCAACCCUAAUCUAGUGCACCUUUCUAACAAUUAGCUGGUUGAUAAGAUGAAUCUGGUUAGUUACAACUGGGGUUGGAGUGAACCUACAGGAGGGUCGCUCUCCAGGAACAGGGUUGGAGACCCCUGCUCUAAAUGCUAAGCAGAAUGCUACCAACAUUCCUGCAGAUGCUUAUAAAUGGUUUACAUUGUACAUAUUUAGCGGACGCUCUUAUUCAGAGCGACUUACAUUAGCAAUUAUGGUUAAGUGCCUUGCUCAAUAACAUACUUUUUUUCACCUAGUCGGCUCUGGGAUUCGAACCAGAAACCUUUCAGUUACUGACCAAACGCUCUUAACCACUAGGCUACCUGCCACUGUUUAAUGUUUGUAAUGUUUUUUUGUCUCCAGUGAGUCGACUGAGCACAUCGCCCAGCUGUUGACCAAGAUGUGCUUGCGCUCAGAGGUCAUGAGCGACGGCGAACAGAUCGAGGUGGAGAUCCCGCCCACGCGCUCUGACGUCAUCCACGCCUGUGACAUCAUGGAGGACGCCGCCAUGGCGUACGGUUUCAACAAUAUUCCCCGCACCACGCCACGCACCUAUACCGUAGCCAAUCAGGUGAGGGGAUUUUUCAGCAGGUUAUUCAGGAGUGAAGUUGAUUGGUUGUUGACUGGAGCUGCUGGUUGGUUGGUAUUAAGUGGUGAUAUCUUGUUUUCUAUCUCAUGACUUUGUUGUGUUUUUAGCUCCCACUGAAUAAGCUGUCAGAGCUGCUGAGACAGGACCUGGCUGCUGCUGGAUUCACGGAGGCCCUCACCUUCGCCCUGGUAAUGACCACUCACUCAUUCACUCUCUCUACCUCUGUGGACCCCAGGAAGAGUAGCUUCUGCAAAAGCUAAUGGGGAUCCAAAUAAAUAAACAUAUACACACAUUUUCAUGUGUUGUAUCUGUCUUCCUGUGCAGUGUUCUCAGGAGGACAUAGCUGACAAGCUGUUGAAGAACAUCUCAGAGACCAGAGCAUGUCACAUCUCCAACCCCAAGACAGCUGAGUUCCAGGUGAACCACCAUUACCUUCGAUUAAUCAUGUCUCUGUGAUAACAUUAUAAACAGUCCCCCUUUGGUCUCUGAAUGAUCUCUUACAAUUGGUAUAAAUUACAGCAAUUAUCAAGUAAAACAGUUUAAUGGCUUCUAUCUCCCCCUGUUGAUAUGAGUGUUUCCUCCAUAAGAGGGUGCUGUGUGACUGGGUGGGUGUGUCAGAGGCUGCUGGUGGUGUAAACAGCAGUGCUCGUCUUCUCCACCAGGUGGCGCGCACCACCCUGCUCUCAGGGCUGCUGAAGACUGUGGCUGCCAACAGGAAGAUGCCUCUGCCCCUCAGGCUGUUUGAGAUUUCAGACGUGGUGCUCAAGGAUGGAACCAAAGGUGUGUUUGUGUGUGGGUGUAACCCAAGUAUUCAUAAUGUAGUGUAUUCAUGGAUAUGUGUAGAAAUAAUGUCAUUGUAUGCCUGACUUUCUAAUUUAUUUAUUAGGACAAACAUUCAUUUACAUACUGAUUCCCUCAUACUCAACAAUACACACACUGUCAUAAUCAGUUUUUAAAGACAUCCUACAGUAUAUCCUAACGGCCACGUUGUCAUCUCCUCUACUCUCCCUCUCAGACGUGGGGGCCAGGAACAACCGUCGUCUGUGUGCCGUCUACUACAACAAGAGUCCUGGGUUCGAGGUGAUCCACGGCCUGAUGGACCGGGUCAUGCAGCUGCUGGAGGUCAAACCAGGCCAGGGCGAUGGCUACCACAUCCAGGCUGCCGAUGGUAUGACAACCAGGGAGCCAUCUCUGUAGUUUAAACUGGACUCCGUUUCCUUCAAUGGCAACUGAUUGGUGAAAGCUCUGGAUAGGUUUUCAGUUUUCACCAUGGUGCUUUCAACUGACAUGUCAAGCCUGUCCCAACUCAGUGGUUAUGAAGGAAAGGAGGCAAGGAAAGGAAAUGGUGUAAAACUAUUGGGGCAUGGCCUAAGUCCUACACUGGGAUGACAGCACUGUCUCACUAUAAUAGUAUUAUAAAUUGCAGUAGAAAACCUAUCCAGAACUUUCACCAAUCAGUUGCCAUUGAAGGAAACGAAGUCCAGUUUAGACUACUGAGAUCAAAUCAAAUUUUAUUUUUCACAGACACGUGUUUAGCAGAUGUUAUUGCGGGUGUAGCAAAAUGCUUGUGCUUCUAGCUCCGACAGUGCAGUAAUAUCUAACAAGUAAUAUCUAACAAUUUCACAACAUAUACAGUACCCAAUACACACACAUCUAGUAAGGAAUGGAAUUUAAGAAUAUAUACAUAUAUGGACAAGCAAUGACAGAGUGGCAUGGACUAAGAUGGACUAAGAUACAGUAGAAUAUUAUAGAAUACAGUACAGAUGGCCCAAGUCCUUAGAAAGUCCCAUAUCAUAGCUUCACAGUUCAUACCUAUCCUCAACAUACAGUUGUGGCUGUAUUUCCCGAGCCGGAAUUAAAUAUUGUGAUUAUAAGGGGUAUUUUGUCUGCUCUAGUGAAGUGAAUGUUUUUCCAUUGCACUAAUGAAGCUUGAUCCACAAAUCAGUGUUUUUUAUGAGCUGUGGGUUCUGCAGGGCUCAAGUAGCUCUAACCCCUCCCACUUUCUUGCUCUCGCUCUCUCUCUCUCAAGGUCACACCUCUGGAUGUGUGUGUCUCCUGCCACAAUCAGACAUUGGGGAAAUCGAUGGGCUCAAGUACCACAGAGGGAGAGGGAUGAGGAGGUUGUGAAGAGGGAGAGCAGGGGUGCAGAGGACAGAGAGAGACUUGGAAAUCAGGGGAUAGAGAGGGAGGGAGGGAAAGAGCAUAUCGUUUCAGCAGGGGGAGUCAGACUGCAUGUGAGUCACGUCUGCUGCUGCAGUGCGCCUGCCUGGGUUUACAGGGAGAUAGACUGCCUGAAACAAACACUCACACUUAUACAGCUACAGAAAACCAGUUAGACUGUCACAUUUCCACCACUAGCACGCUAUUAUGCAGACCAGACACACAACACACAUGCAAAAAACACAUACAAUCACAAAACAUAUAUGAACAACACACACACAGAACUGUACAGAGCCUUCUAGCACCAUUAGGCUGCUGAGCUCCACACUCCGUGUGUCCUUAACCCAAUUACAGGGUCAUGAUCUUCUCCGAGAGCUCACCUGUAGAGUACCUCCCCUCCUGCAGGACCUCCUGCAAUGCUACCCCAUGGAAGGAGGGAGAGGGGGAGAGAGAGAGGGAGAGAGAGAGGGACUCUUAAGGAGCAGAUGCCCACGUUUCACUUAACUAUGUCAAAUUCAGCCCUUCCCGUUCACUGUUAAAGGCAUGCUUGACUGUCUGGUUAGUGUUGACCUUGGCUCAGAGAGAAUUAAUCUGAGAGGGUUUUCAGGGUGGGUGGAAUAGGUUGUCACCUAUUUAGCUAUUAGUGUACUAUUUUUAAAGACUGGUUGUCAUGGUGCUGCCCUGCUUUGGAAGAGACACACACACAACAUGUAGAGCGAUUUCUUUAGCUAGUUAUGAGUAAGCAUCCGAACGGUGAGCUAAGGAAUACAUUAGCUUUUAGGAGCAAAGCCGCGUGGGAAGAAGUGAAGCACCAUGGGAGAGGAGAACAGAACAGCAUAGGAAUGGAUCUUGAGUCUCUCUCGUCUGUGUGGAAACAUUUAGUCAGAGACUGCACUUUUUAUGUUUAUUAUCACUGGACCACUGUGAGAAGCCUCUUCACCUCUCCUUCCUUCCCACCCCCCUCUUCUGUUUCCCCUUUUUCAGAUUCCACCUUCUUCCCUGGUCGCUGUGCUGAGAUCUUUGCCUGCGGGAAGAGCAUAGGACGCCUCGGGGUCCUUCACCCUGAUGUCAUCAACCGCUUUGAGCUCACCAUGCCAUGCUCCGCCCUGGACAUCGACAUCGAGCCCUUCCUGUGAUGUCACAACCACACCCUGGGUGUGAUGUCACACCCAAACACACACCGAACCUGUAACACCACCAAACUCAUCAACCAACACAGGUUCAUUUACUCAUGCUCAGUCCAUCUCAACACAGGCUUUCUCAGCUCCAGCAGAGAACGGCCCAACCUGCCCCAGCGGAACUCACGUUUUCACACAAAUCUCCCAUUGACAUCACAUUGAAAGCUUGAGAUAUGAGUGCAAAAGUUAGGAUUCGGCCCCAAAUGACUUGUUCAGUUUAAAUCACGCAUGGUAUUUCUGUUGGACAAAUGUACAACAGUAUAUGAAUUAACCAUAGAAACUGUAGGCUGGUAUAUACAAAGUAUGUGGCUGUAUUUUUAUCUCCAUGGUAAUUAAAAUGAACAUGAGAUGUCAGCCUGUGUUUCUGAAUUCAUCUCAGUCCUGCUUCACAUUAGCUUUCAACCCGUAUACUGUACCAUUUAAAGACUUUGCUCUGAGCAAUGAUAUCGAUUCCAGUCAUUUACAUUAAAAGGUUUGUCAUACAGCAUAUAGGCCAAAUGGACUGUAUGAGUGUAAAUAACAGGAAGCCACAAAGCUGUGAUGUGUCUGACUGGUUUGGUCUUGUUAGGUGGGUUAAUGCUCCUGGGCGGAGCUUUAUCUACUUAAUGAAAGAUACAACAGGACAUGAACUCUGACAUACAGUCGUGGUCAAAAGUUUUGAGAAUGACACAAGUAUUGGUCUUCACAAAGUUCGCUGCUUCAGUGUUAUGAGAUAUUUUUGUCAG